AUGCGCCUGGUAUUGCUGACGGAGCUUUCAACUCUGGUCGUGCUUUUUGCACCCACUGAGGCAGUAUCGCUCGAUAUUCCUGGCUGCGAGACCAAGAUUAUUAAAUGGAAGUACGCUUCGACGCCAACGAUUCGCUCUUCGCCCACUGAGGUCAACGUCAGCGAAAAGAGAAGUCUGCGGGGCGACGACAGCAGUAUGGACAUGGAAGUGCUCAACCCGGAUGAUGAAGAGCGAGCGGCACCUCUUUUAUCGAGGUUUGCAUUCUAUAUGAAGGCAAUUCUUUAUGGACUGACGCUCCGGGUUACACCGAACACUCAAUGGAAGUGGACGCCGCUCUUUGAACAGAGACUGUUCUCUUUAGUUCACAAAGUCAGAGGACCGCCGGAAUUUGCCGAAAUUAAGAACCCCAGAGUUGCUGCGAGGUACAAAGACUGGUUCCAAAAAACGUCGUCGCGAAAAACCUGGUUAGCGCUUAACAGGUACGGAAACGCGGGUAAGACUUAA